UCGAAUGCAGGAUGUGAGUGAUACUGACCAUGCUGAUGAUGACGACGAGAUUCUCCAAAACAAUAAUAUGACACGUCAGAGAACAAAACAAAAAAUUUAUGCGCUUGAAUAUGCUCACAUUACGGUCCCAGAAGUUUUGCAGGAAAAAUUUUCCAACUCCCCGGUUAAAGGUGCGCAGCCCUGCCAUUAUAAUAAUGGUGACAGUGUGGAGGAAACACACCGAUUACUCCAUUCGUCCCAAGUACACCAUACGCAUGCCAAUUUCUUGAAGUGGAAAAUUCAGAUGGAUUUUCAGGACAAGCAAAUACAGGUGAAAUGAAU